GCCAAUACUUUACUCAUCGACUCACUGAAUGUAUUGCCGUUUGUUUUCCCUAUCGUUUCUUUUUCUUCCUUCCAAUUCCCUCCUUAAUGGUUUAAUCCACAAUCCCAAAAUGUCAAACCCUUAUUCUAACGUCGACAUUGUAGGCGAUCAAGAAUCGGAAGAUGGAACCGAACCAGAAGCAGAAGAAGACGAAGAAGAUUCCGAAGAAGAAGGAGGAGGGGGAGAAGAGUUCAUUCCGGUGACGGAGUGGCCUAGGUUUUUAUCCAGCAAAGAGGGAAAGAAAGGAGGAGAAGGGAGGGUUUGUUUGAGUGCGGGAGAGUAUGGAGAAAAUUCUCAAGGUAACGAAUGGAAUCGCGGGGACAUCGAGGGCUUGUUUUGUUCUAUCUGUAUGGAAGCUUGGACUACAACCGGUGACCAUCAUGUUUGUUGUCUUCCUUGUGGGCACAUAUAUGGUUUUUCGUGCAUCCAUAAAUGGUUACAGCAACGUGGAACUUCAAGAAAGUGUCCUCAAUGCAACAGGAAAUGCACGUUAAAGGAUGUAAGGAAAUUGUUUGCAUCACGGGUUGUUGCAAUUGAUGGAGAAUCACAAAAGAGAAUUCGAUCUCUUGAAGCUAAUAGCAUUUCUCUUGAAAAGACGAGUGCUGUUUUGAGUAAGAAAGAAACUGAAUGGCAAAAGAGAGAAGCUGAAUGGCAAAAGAGUGAAGCUGAAUGGCAAAAGAGAGAAGCUGCAUUACAACAGGAAGUUCACCAGCUUAAAGAGAAAACAAAGUAUUUGGAGCACUUAAUAGAUGUGCAGAGUAGGACAUUUGGAUGUGCACCUUCAAUCAGAGGCCUUCAAGUACCUCUAGGGCACAACCUAGGCUCAGAGUUCAAUGAGCAAGGACCUUUCAUAUUUCAGAAAGAACUGAGGGUGGAUGGUGCACGGCUAUUUGAUGUAGACGCUUCCAGCAAAAAUUUAUUAAUAGCACGAAGAUUGCAAGGGUUGGGUGGAACACAUUUUCUUACUAAAAUGAGCUUAGUAGCUCCAUAUGAGAGAGAAGACAUUUCAUUGCCUUUUGGUACAAAAGCAGUAAGGGAUUUGCACAUUUGCCCAUCAGAUGGUAGCUUGGCGCUUUUAGCUUCCUUAGGAAAGAAAUUAUCAGUUCUCAGCACAGAAAGCAACAAUGUUAUUCUUGCCUAUGAUCUACCGGCUGCUGCUUGGUCAUGUUCAUGGGAUCUCAACAGUUCACAUCAAAUAUAUGCUGGACUACAGAAUGGCUCAGUAUUGGUGUUUGAUAUGCGCCAAACUGCAAGGCAUAUGGAUUCUAUGAAUGGGCUGACAAGCAACCCAGUUCAUACCGUACACUCUUUACAUAAUUCAACCAUCCCUUCAGGUAUUACAGCCAUUUUAUCAGCAUCUUCAGUUGGCAUAUGUCAGUGGAGCUUUGGUGGUUCUGAGGAAAGGCCAUUUUUGGUUUCAGAGACUGGCAAUCAAGGAGUGUGUAUUUCUCUUGCUUAUUGUCCUAACAGUGAUGACAUUAUUGCUUCAUAUCGACCACGAAUUGACUUUUCAAAUGAGAUGGCAUCUUCUCAACCUCUACUGACUCCUGUUACUGGGCAAGGGGUACAGGGUUCCCAUGUUCAUUUGAAGAGAGCUGGAAGCAACUCUUAUCAGAAGUUGGGGGUUACAUGUGCCAAUGUUAAUGAUGUUCGGUUGCCAAGAUUUACAAUCAUGAACAUAGAGAACCAUGUGUGCUUAUUUGCAUCAGGGGAUGAACUUACAGGUGAAUUGGUCUUGCAAAAGUUGCCAUCCUUUACUGUUGUCCAGCGUGUUACAUUGCCAAAGCAUCCUAUUCAUGAUGUGAAGUAUUCACAUGCUUUUGACGGAGGUUUACUCGGUUGUUUAAGUGAGGAUAUAUUGCAACUUUUCAGCAAUCAUGCUCUAAAAUAGGUAAACUUCAUUUCUACAGACGGUUUUCUUACCUUUUUGGAUGGCAACCAGGAAUCUGUCAAAAAGAAUACCAUCUCUAGUGAUGAUUGGUUGUGGGAAAAUAUAUACCUAGGUUUAGGGCCAUCUGGUGGUUGAGGGGUUAUCGCUACGAUAGUUGCAACCCAACUGCCCUGGAUUUUGAUUGCAGGUUUCUGAACGUUCCAAGAGAUGAUUGACCUGCAUGGUUUACAUUUCCCCUAAAUAAUAGGGCUUAACCUCAAUCUUGUUGUAGUUAUUCUAAUUUCAUUUUUCUUUUUAAGCAAGUUAUCGCUGUUUAUUUGUCAGCUUGCUCAUAUUGUAUUAUAGGUUGCAUCCAGUAUAUGGUUUAGUUGAAAGGAGCUUCCCAAAUAGCUAUGUAUAGAAACAAUCUGGUUAUAUAUAGUUGCUAAUUUCCAAAUGUGCUUAAUUUGUGCAAUUAUGUGAUA